AAGGAUUUCCUGUUCCUCAUCAUCAGACUGCAACAAAUCCAUUUAGAUGAUAUCUAAAAGCAAUGAAAAAAUCCAUGUGAAUACAAUACGUCGUAUUUCAAAGGCAAACUAUAAAAUUUAAAUUCGAAUAGGUAGUAUCUUAAAAGGCACUUUUGAAUUCGUAAUUAUUAUAAUAAAAGUGGUUUUCCACAAAUGAAGUAUGUUUUAAAACAGUAAAAAAAACGUCAAAUAACAAAGUAAAAACCAUUGCAUACCUUGGCAGCUUCUAAAAACAAUCACACAUGACUUAAAUCGCAGAGCAAACUGCGCGAUGUCGACAAACUACGGUGACUUAAUGAGUUAAUGCAUAUUCGCAGAAAGAUCGAGCCAUUGAGAUACGUCAAGUAUUUUAUCUCACUCUUUCUCAAACAAACUGUGCAAAGUAAAGAAAGAGAAAGAUGUAGUUGCCAAAUGAUAUGGAAAAUUACAUGGAAUAUCAUGUCAUGGGAUUUGUAUCGCAAGUUCGGAUGAAACCAGAUAUUUUACCUAGUAAAUUUGAUUGUCAACCAGAUAGAAGAAAACGAGCAAGCAGUAGUUUGGAACGACCAUGUGCUCUAAAAAGACUAUAAUAGCAGACUAUAAAAGGAUGACUAUAAUAGCAGAGUGCUUAAAUAAAACAGACAGCAGCAUUGCCAAAACUACUCCAGUUCAAGAAAAAUCUCCAGUUAUUAAUGAAGAUUUACAAAAAACUAGAAAAACAGAAGAUUGCUUAAAUAAAACAGUUGAGAGCAGCAUUGCCAGCACUAGUUCAGUUCAAGGAGAAUCUUCUGUUACAAAUUCAGAUUCACACAUGAUCGGAGGAAUUUUACAAGAACAUGUACAACCUAAACUAUCACGACCAUCUGGAUCUGGAAUAUCAAAGAAGUUGUUAUGGGAAGAAGAUAACUCAGAUAGUGAUUUUUCUUUACGUAAGUCAACUGUGACUCAUUCAGAAUCUUCACCGUCUACAAAAUCUACUUCAGGCGGCAGCGAGACAGUUAAACAGGAGAAAAAAUCAAUUGAAGCUGUACAAAAUAUAAUUAAUAAAAAUAAACCUAGGUUUUACAUUGGAAUACCCAAAAGCAGUUACUUUUUAUUGGACAUAAUAAGUAAAGAAACCAAUAUUUCAAUAGAAAAUUUGAUGUUAUGUUUGAAAAAAAUUCGCUUAGACACUAAAAAUCAAGAACUAGCUGAUGACUUUGCAAUGACACCAUCGAAUGUUACCAAUUUUUUUUUUUUUAAUGUUCUUAUAUUAGCAAGUGUGUUGCGUCCAUUCAUUAUGAAUAUAGAUAAAGAAUUAAAUAGAAAAACCCUGCCCAUGGCGUUUAGGCAUAAGUAUUAUAACGUUAGCUGCAUUAUUGACUGUUUAGAAAAGGUGCAAAAGCCAUCUAAGUCAGUCAACCAAGCAUUAACUUGGUCUGAAUAUAAAAAAGCCAAUACAAUUAAAUAUUUAAUAUCUUGCACUCCAAAUGGAUUAGUGAACUACAUAUCGCAAGGAUUUGGGUGCAGAACAACUGAUACAUGCUUGGUAGAAUCGUGUGAUUUUGUAAAUACUUUAGAAAAAGGAAUGGUUGUAAUGGCAGACAGAGGGUUCAAACACAUUGAACAGUUUUUAUUAAAGUCUGUGGUUCAAUUAGUUAGACCUCCAAGUGUACAAUCGGGUGGAAAACUAAGUAAGGUUGAGGCUAAGCAAACGAAACAAAUUGCUAGUUUAAGAAUACAUGUGGAACGUGUGAUACGGCGUUUGAGAGAAUUUAAUAUGUUAAGACCACAUGCAUGUGUCAAUACAAAUCAUGUAAAAAUAUUAGAUGAUAUUAUUACUAUAGCAUGUGCUUUAAUUAAUUUGCAAGAUUCUCUAAUUAAAUAAAACUUCAAAUGA